GCUUUUGGUCACGCUGGUGCACGCACGCGUCCCUGCUCCUUUGGUGGACAAGGUCGGUUCCGAUCUGGAUGAGCAGCAACUGCUGCAGGUGGACGAGGCCCGAUCCCUCAUGGCUCGUCCCUCCUCCUACUCCCCCUGAACGUGGAAAAAAAAUCGAGUGCUGGAGUGAAUCAUCUAAUUCAGGGACGAAACACAAAUCAGAUUGUGCUUAUGCCGCUACCUCCUACGUCUACAACAGUACAAUUUCAGGUUUGCUCUCGGUUCUGUUGGCAAGGGAUCUUUGGUCAUGCAUCCAUUGUAGAAUGGCAAUAGUUGAGCAUCAAGGGACAACCAAAAUUACUAUGAUGAUAUUUCAGACAUCCCGGGCCCUGUGGGGAGAUCAGAGGCUGGCAGUGCAUGCAACAGGGCAUGUUAAUCAGGCAAAUUAUCAUUCAAAGACUGGGUCUAUGAUGCUUGGGGCGAAGGUCCUAUUUCUCUCAUUCCUCCCUUCCAACCCUCAACAUUCUGGAUCAUGGAUGUAAGCUGUGCACAGUCACAUUUUUUUGGUAAAUGCAUAUGAGCAAUGAACUUGGGAGCAUUUUUAUUCUGGUGUUAGUUUGCUUGAUCUAAAUAUAUGAUGUAUUGAUCUGUACGCUGAUGAACAAUUUGGCUGAUGCAUAUUGUUCCUUAGCUGAUCCGUC